ACAGGCAGGGAUCAGAACGCUCACGGAACAGACUGCAUAAUUCCAUGUUCUCCCUAAGUCUCAGCCCUGCAUGGAGCUCUGCCUGCAGUCUACUCGGAGGGGAAAAGUAGAAGGUGGAAGGGAUCAGUUCCUAAAUACUUGCUUUAGCAGAAGAGACACACCUUUCUGCAGCAGGGAGACGCGACUGACCAGAUUGCAAGCCGGUGCUGGCGGAUGCUCUGCAGCUGCCCUGGGCCCAGGCAGACUGAUUCAGCAGAAGCAUCUGUGCAUGGGAAUCGCAAUCAGGGACCAUGGCAGUGCAGCUGGUGCCGGACUCUGCGCUCAGCCUGCUGAUGAUGACGGAGGGCCGUCGAUGUCAAGUACAUCUCCUUGAUGACAGGAAGCUGGAGCUCCUAGUACAGCCCAAGCUUUUGGCCAAGGAGCUUCUUGACCUCGUGGCAUCUCAUUUUAACCUGAAGGAAAAGGAAUACUUUGGAAUAGCAUUCACGGACGAGACGGGACACUUGAACUGGCUUCAACUAGAUCGGAGAGUCCUGGAGCAUGACUUCCCCAAAAAGUCUGGACCUGUUGUUCUGUACUUCUGUGUAAGAUUCUAUAUAGAAAGCAUCUCCUACCUGAAGGACAAUGCCACCAUCGAGCUCUUCUUCCUGAACGCCAAGUCCUGCAUCUACAAGGAGCUAAUUGAUGUUGAUAGUGAAGUGGUGUUUGAAUUGGCUUCCUAUAUUUUACAGGAAGCAAAAGGCGAUUUCUCUAGCAAUGAGGUGGUGAGGAGUGACCUAAAAAAGCUGCCAGCCCUUCCUACCCAAGCCCUGAAGGAGCACCCUUCCCUGGCCUACUGCGAAGACAGAGUCAUUGAGUACUACAAGAAGCUGAAUGGCCAGACGAGGGGUCAAGCAAUUGUGAACUACAUGAGUAUCGUGGAGUCUCUCCCAACCUACGGUGUCCACUAUUAUGCAGUGAAGGAUAAGCAGGGGAUACCGUGGUGGCUGGGACUCAGCUAUAAAGGAAUCUUCCAGUAUGACCACCAUGAUAAAGUGAAGCCAAGGAAGAUAUUCCAAUGGAGACAGUUGGAGAAUCUGUAUUUCAGGGAAAAGAAGUUUUCCGUGGAAGUUCAUGACCCCCGCAGGGCUUCGGUGACCAGGAGGACUUUUGGGCACAGUGGCAUUGCUGUGCACACGUGGUAUGCAUGUCCAGCAUUGAUCAAGUCCAUUUGGGCGAUGGCGAUUAGCCAACAUCAGUUCUACCUGGACAGAAAGCAAAGUAAGUCCAAGAUCCAUGCAGCACGGAGUCUGAGCGAGAUCGCCAUUGACCUAACAGAAACAGGGACGCUGAAGACCUCGAAGCUGGCCAACAUGGGCAGCAAAGGGAAGAUCAUCAGCGGCAGCAGUGGGAGCCUGCUGUCCUCAGGUUCUCAGGAAUCAGAUAGCUCACAGUCGGCCAAGAAAGACAUGCUGGCUGCCUUGAAAUCCAGGCAGGAAGCUCUGGAGGAGACGCUGCGCCAGAGGCUGGAGGAACUGAAGAGAUUGUGUCUCCGGGAAGCUGAGCUCACAGGCAAACUGCCUGUCGAAUAUCCCCUGGAUCCAGGAGAGGAACCACCUAUUGUUCGGAGAAGAAUUGGAACAGCCUUCAAGCUAGACGAACAGAAAAUUCUGCCUAAAGGAGAGGAAGCUGAGCUGGAACGCCUGGAACGAGAGUUUGCAAUUCAGUCCCAGAUCACGGAGGCUGCCCGCCGCCUCGCCAGUGACCCCAAUGUCAGCAAAAAACUGAAGAAGCAAAGGAAAACCUCUUAUCUGAAUGCACUGAAGAAGCUGCAGGAGAUUGAGAAUGCAGUCAACGAGAACCGUAUCAAGUCAGGGAAGAAACCCACCCAGAGGGCAUCACUGGUCAUAGACGAUGGAAAUAUCGCCAGUGAAGACAGCUCCCUCUCCGAUGCCCUUGUUCUUGAAGAUGAAGACUCUCAGGUUACCAGCACACUGUCCCCCCUACAGUCUCCGCACAAGGGACUUCCUCCUCGGCCACCAUCAUCGCACAACAGGCCCCCUCCCCCGCAGUCCCUGGAAGGGCUCAGGCAGAUGCACUAUCACCGCACUGACUACGACAAGUCACCCUUAAAGCCCAAAAUGUGGAGCGAGUCCUCCUUAGAUGAGCCUUAUGAGAAGGUGAAGAAACGCUCCUCCCAUGGUCAUUCCAGCAACCACAAGCGCUUCCCCAGCACAGGAAGCUGUACUGAGGCAGGAGUAAGCAGCUCCUUGCAAAACAGCCCCAUCCGAGGCCUCCCGCACUGGAAUUCCCAGUCUAGCAUGCCGUCUACUCCAGACCUGCGCGUCCGGAGUCCCCACUACGUCCAUUCCACAAGGUCGGUAGACAUCAGUCCCACGAGACUGCACAGCCUGGCACUGCACUUUAGGCAUCGGAGCUCCAGCUUGGAGUCCCAGGGCAAGCUCCUGGGCUCAGAGAAUGACACCGGGAGCCCCGACUUCUACACUCCGAGGACUCGUAGCAGCAAUGGCUCGGACCCCAUGGAUGACUGCUCGUCGUGCACCAGUCACUCGAGCUCAGAGCACUACUACCCGGCGCAGAUGAACGCCAACUACUCAACGCUGGCUGAGGACUCGCCAUCCAAGGCGCGCCAGCGCCAGCGGCAGAGGCAGCGGGCAGCAGGCUCCCUGGGCUCAGCGAGCUCCGGCAGCAUGCCCAACCUGGCAGCACGCACCGGGGCUGCAGGCGCGGGUGGCGGCGUGUACCUGCACAGCCAGAGCCAGCCAAGCUCGCAGUAUCGCAUCAAGGAGUACCCGUUGUAUAUUGAGGGCAGUGCUACACCCGUGGUAGUACGCAGCCUGGAGAGUGACCAGGAGGGCCACUACAGUGUCAAGGCACAGUUCAAGACCUCUAAUUCCUACACGGCUGGCGGCCUGUUCAAAGAGAGCUGGCGUGGGGGUGGCGAUGAGGGUGAUGCAGGCCGCCUUACACCAUCGCGCUCCCAGAUCCUGCGGACUCCUUCGUUGGGGAGGGAGGGCGCCCAUGACAAAGGCUCUGGCCGUGCUGCAGUAUCAGACGAGCUGCGCCAGUGGUACCAGCGUUCCACAGCCUCGCACAAGGAGCACAGCCGCUUGUCGCAUACCAGCUCCACCUCCUCAGACAGCGGCUCUCAGUACAGCACCUCUUCCCAGAGCACCUUCGUGGCGCACAGCAGGGUCACCAGGAUGCCCCAGAUGUGCAAGGCCACAUCAGCUGCCUUACCUCAAAGCCAGAGAAGCUCAACGCCAUCAAGUGAAAUUGGAGCCACCCCACCAAGUAGUCCCCACCACAUCCUGACCUGGCAGACUGGGAGCUACAGUGAUAGCUGCUUCCUGGAUUCCUCCCUCUAUCCAGAGCUAGCUGAUGUCCAAUGGUACGGGCAGGAAAAAGCCAAGCCCGGGACCCUCGUGUGAGCCAGCCCGGCCUGUUCUGACCGCCGCACGCCAUUCCGAGUCACCUCACUGCCUCUCAGUUGCCUUACCCAGACACACUGUCACCUGCACCAGCUUCGGCCCUUGGCACUUGUUUCUCCUGUCUCCACAUCCCCUUCACCCUCAAAAACCUGACUGAGGAGACAUUCUGGAAAGUUCCGAUCCCACUGUGUGUCCCCUGGCUCUCUUACCCAGAGAGCCAGACAGCAAUCCUCAAUGGCACCUUGGUGGUUUCCCCCUGCCAUGACAGCCCAGGCCAGGAACUGUCAGGGAAGCCGACAUAUGCAAUUCCUGUGGAAGAGAAGCGUUGGUAGAGAAGAGAAAAAAGAAAGACCUGUCUGUGCAGAGACUGUAUCGCUGCAUCAGCUGCCACCACAGAGAAGAGAGGCUGCCUCGUGGGGACAUUCAGUUUACACCUGAGAUAGUCUCUGUUCUGUAGUGAGACAGCCUGCAAAAGAACCUAAGGAGGACCAGCGCUUCAGAGACGCGUCGGAGGAUCACGAGCGGGUCUAUGCUGCCAAAGAUUAGACACAUUCAACAAUAAACAGAUAGGAGGGGCCAAGAGGAACACACCUUCUCUGCAGUGAAACUCCUCAGUUCCAAACUGCUUCUAUGCAGCACAAGUGAGUCAACCAUUUGUAAAUCGUGUCCCGUCGUGAGCCAUCUGCUGUCCCGCCCACUUCUCCCGACCCCCGAGAGCCUGGAAAUGAACCCAACGGGACAGUGAAGAUGGAGGAGACUUGGCUGGCCUGGCAGACGCAGAAUCUGUCUGGGCGUGAAGGGAAACAGACUGGAAGGAGCGCCCUACGAAGGGGCCUCAGCCUGCACCUCCCAAGCUGCUUUCCUUUUCGGAUUGGUCGGAAGCUAAAGGUGAUCAUUGCCAAAAGCAGGUCUCACUCGUUAAAACAGCCAGUAAAAGUGUAACCUUUCUUUUUUGUACAAGGCGUUUCAUUUUCUUUUUUAUGGGAAACCAAGGGAAAAAGCACAUUGCGGUCUAUCCAAGUGUUUUACUGUUGUGGCUCAUUUUGUUUGUUAGCACUUGUGUGACAAAGAACUCAGAUGGACCUCUCCUGUGUGUCACUUAGUAAGAACCCAAGUACGCCCUUAGGUAGGAAGAAUUUUAUGUGUCUACCAGCCGGCAGGCAGAGCAGAGUUGAAGCAACUCAGCUCCUAAAGGGCCCAUUCACCUCCAGCAGUAUCCAUGACUUUGAUUUACCACCUCUGUCCACAGAUACCAAGAGGAGAAAAGAAGGCAAAAAAAAAAAAAAAAAAAAAAGCAUGCGUGCAAGCUGCUCGUUUACAUGUGUUUUGAGCUAUGCUUAACACACAACCAAAAGCCAUCGAUCUUCAAAGGCCUCGAAAUUUUAUAAUGAUGAACCAGUGAACAGUCUUAGCCGGGUUACUCAAGAUGAAACCAGAGUUUUCAUGGAGGUAGUACAUGUGAAUGUAAGCGGGGCUUGCGGGGUCGCCUUUGUGAUGACUUCCUGUGGGAAAGCAGAUCUAAAGUUAGCUGUGGCAUCAAAAGAAAGACUUUUGUUCAUGUAAGUGAAUCCGAGAACAACAGUAGACUCCACCAGCCCAGGAGGGGAAGGACCAACCCUGUGGCUCACUCUGCCGUGGCUUGGAAAGUUCUGGAAGUCAAGUGGGAGCGUUUCCACAGUCAGAGGCAUUCAUACCAUGCGGUCUGAGGCCCAUUCAAGGCCAGGUACCCCAGCGCUGGGCACGGCUGGCUUGAUGAUCCCAGCUUUCAGAAACAGCACUCUUCCGGACACUUGUAGGCGUAACCCUGUAGGAUUGGUAGGAACUGAUAAUGGUACAAAUGAACCCAGGGCUUGACGGAGAUGGGGGCUACCUUUUUUUGUUCCUAGUAUGAUGGUCAGAGCUACAAAAGGCAGGUUUAUUUGGGGAUUUUUUUCCCCCUUCCUUCCCUAAUAGGAAAUAUGAUACAUUGGGUCAAUUUUUUUUACUUCCAAAAAGAGAUGCCUGAAUAAUUAGAUUGAACUAUGGUGCAGCAGGAAAAGUCCAAAGGGAAACAAAGAAUAAGACAAGGUUACAUGGUUACAGGUUAUAACAUAGACAGCAGUUUGAAAAUCAGUUCUGAAUUCGGUUGGAUCAACGAGAGAGGCAGAAAGAAUCUAAAAUGUAAUACAUUUGGGGAGCAGAGAGGAAUUGUAUGGGAGCUGUGAACACCAUCAGGAGAGUCUGGUAGUAAGGACCGAGAUUAAGUAAAACAGGUUUUACUGUUUAGCUGUGUUCAGUUAAUACAAUGUACAUAAUAAGCUUAAGUCCUUUGAGACGGACAUACAUGGUCAGUGUGGUGGGGAACACUCUGGGUGUUGUAUUCAAGCACCUGCAGAUGCUUUACAGAUCCUAUUUCUUUAAAGGAAGAUGAGAUAUGAAGCCCCCAGUCUGGUCUAACGCCCCUACUGGAUUCUUUGGGUACAUGUAAGAAAUUGCCUGUUUCAGCCAGAAGACUCUGUUGUGAGCCAGGUUGUUUAUUUUGUUAUAUGCAGGUGAGUGUUGAAACUGUUAAAAGCCCAAUUUGUUUUCAUUCAGUAUUAGUUUAGUUCUAAAUAUAGCAAACCUCAUCCAGGUGCUAUCAGAUGACCAAUUACUGCUUAGUUAACUAGGUGUAAAGUCAAUCGUUUAUUACAAGUUGUGUAAAAUGGACUCUAGUUUAAUAACAGGGAAAGAUUAGGUCGCUCCUGAGACUGACUGUAGAGCAUGUAAAAUGAUUUUACUGGAUUCUGUUCAACGGUAAUCAAUGAAAAAGAUGUAUGUUGUAGACAAAGUUGCAGAAUUAAAAGAGAAAUCUGCUUUUAAUUUAUUCUUUUUGUAUUAAGGAUUUGUAUAGUACCUUUACAUUUUGCAGAACAGUGUUGUCAACACUUAUUAAAGCAUUUUCAAAA